UCUUCACGGUGGGAUAUAUUUUUUCUCUCCCCUCGCCGCUCUCUCCUGACUGAGGCUCAUUACUCAAAUUAUGGCAGCUGUUACUCCAAGAAAAAGAAAACGCUGUUAUAAUAGUUUACAGCUGGUAAAUGAGACUCCAGCAAAAAAGUUGAGGAUGGAAUUCACUGAAGAAGCAUCUCCAACAAAAAAACCUUCUAGUUUCCAAGAUAAAAAACCCCAGAACUUGCUUGAAAGGUCAACCAGCUUGGAGAACCUUAGUACUUCACCAUUGCAGAGAGCAGAUGCACCAAAAGUAAAAUCAAAUGCAUUCCCAGAGAGAACAUCUCCAGUGUCAGGCACUAUAUAUAAUUCCACUGUGCCAAUCAAUUCCUUUUACAGUAAAGUAAAUACAUUUCAAAGUAUACUGGAAAGAAAACAAGCAAAAGAAUGUCAUAUAAAUUCCAGAAAUGAUUAUGCAAAUUUACCUAUUGCUAACAAGACAGAAGUGAUACAGGCCAAGAUUCAACCUUUUAAAACUUCCAAACGCUCAGCUGUUUCCAAGCAAGCCAAGACCUUAUCAAGAAAUACUAAAAAAGCUAAAAUAGAAAUGGCUGUACCUAAGCCUAAGGGGAAGGAGAAUAAAAAGUAUGUGGUAGAAAAGAAAAUUGAAGGUUCUUCUAAAGUUCUAACCAUGAAGUUCAAACCUAUGUUAAAACUCCAGGUAGGGGCAGCAUUUUUUGCCACUGGAAAGAGGGGGAAUGGUGACUCUAAGAAGGUGUUUUCUCCCCGAAGGUCCCUCCAAUUUAUUAAUAAUACCACAGAAACUAAGAAGCAGGACAAUCUUCUCACAAAUACCAACAUGCACUUACCUUCUGAAAGCAAAGCAGCUAAAACUGGCAGGGAAGAAAAUCAAGCGGACGUAUCCCCAAAAGAAAAUCUUGACAUUGAGGAUAAGAAGACCCUGGCAUGUAAUAAAAAUCAUAUUAAGGACCCUCUGGACGAUAUGAAAUCAUUACCAAAUCCUAGACUUCUUCAAAUUCCUCACUCUGGUUCUUUGGAGUCCCCAGCUCAGAAAGAAACUGAUGUUGGGAAAGAGGUUUUGGAGGAAAACUCAAAGAAACCGUCUGACAGUACAAACAAAUAUAAAGUUACCUCUUCCAACCAUGUCCAUUCUUUGUUCAGAACAUUUUCCAGCAACAAAAAAAGCCUACAGACUCUUCCAGAUGAACAACAUGUAGAAUUGAGUCCAGUAAGGCAGAAUUCUCCCUCCAAACUAAAAAUCAACAAGAAGACAAAAGUACUGGCCAAAGGCUUGAAGGAUCAAAUGAUCAUUGAUGCUGGUCAAAAACAUAUUGGUGCCACCAUCUGCAAAUCAUGUGGCAUGGUUUAUUCAGUUGCCAACCCAGAGGAUGAAGCACAUCAUGUCCAAUAUCAUCAAAGAUUUAUGGAGGGAAUAAAAUAUACAAGCUGGAAGAAUGAGCAAGUAGUUGCAGAAUUCUGGGAUGGAAAAAUUAUAUUGAUUCUACAAAAUGAUCCAAAAUAUGUCAUCAAAAAGGCUGAUGACAUACGCAAACUUGUAGAUAAUGAACUUGGUUUUAAACAUGUGGUACAGACAGAUCCAUCACAGACUAAAACAUACUUGUUUGUAUCCAAUGAAAAAAAGAUAGUUGGCUGCUUAAUUGCCGAGCCAGUCAGACAGGCUUUCCGAGUGCUUUCAGAGCCUAUAACAGAGGAGUCCCCUACUAAAAACAGCCUAGAGCAUCAGCGUGCCUGGUGUUGCUCAACCAAGCCAGAAAAGGUCUACUGCGGGAUUAGCCGAAUCUGGGUGUUCAGCCUGAUGCGGAGAAAGCACAUUGCCAGCCGUUUGGUGGAUGUGAUGAGGCAAACAUUUUUAUUUGGCUGUUACCUAAGCACCAAUGAAAUCGCCUUUUCAGAUCCAACACCAGAUGGAAAGUUAUUUGCAGCAAAAUAUUGCAAAGUACCCAAUUUCCUUGUUUAUAAUUUCAUUAGUUAA